UAAGGACAGGGAGGUAGUGUAAUCACAAAGCAGAGCUAAUAGCAGGGUAGGAACCAUCACACAACAGGGAAAUCCUUACUUACAUAGCAUCAAUAACAGACUAAAUCUACACUUCACACACUUCCUUCUCCAGAAGCCAUCCUCACUCACACACACACACACACACACACACACACACACAUAUAUAUCUUCAGACACACAGCUUGAGUCCAGUCCAGACCCCUCAGUACAGCUCAGGUUAUCGGUGACCAGUCAUGAUGCCUACCGUGGGCAUUGCCAAGAUCCUCUUCUGUGUUCUGUUCCUCUACAGCUGCUGCCGAGUGACUCGGGGCCAGAUGGUGAUGGACUGCUGUCUGACGGUCAGUCAGAGAGAGAUCCCUAGACACGUUGUCAUAGGUUACCAGCCUCAGGUCAGAGGUCAAGGCUGCUCCAUCAACGCUGUGGUCUUCACUACCAGGAGGGGACUCAAGCUGUGUGCUCCCACUGACACCACCUGGGUUACAGACCUGAUGAAUCUCAUGGACCGCCUCAUCAAGAAAUGCCACGAAACCAACUUCAAGGCUAAACACUGUAAGAAGCUGAUACAUAAGAGUCCCUAAGGUCCCUGUCAGAGCCCCUCCUACCACCACCACCACCACCUCCACCCCCCCUGGUCAAAACAACCAUGACAGAGCCUGAGAAGAACCUUCCAAGUGGGUGAAGAACAGGGUGGGAGAAGUAAUACAACGACAAAAAAGACAAAUGUGAUUCCUCGUACCACUAAUGCACUUUUUAAAUUAAGUUUCCUUCUGUCUUCAGACUUUUGUGUAUCCAAUAGACCAUCUUGCUUAAGAUACCAUGCUGUUUCUCAGUGGCACGUUCAUGUAGAAUACGUUUUUUUGUGUUAUUUUUAUGUGACAAAAUAUCGAAUGAUAAUAUUCCAAAAGAAGAGUAGACUGGCUUUGACCCUUGACCCCACAUUUGAACUGACCCUUAAAGCUACAGUCUGUGAUUUGAAAAGCAACAAAAUGGCAGAAGUAAUUGAAACGACCAGAUUCCUAGAUCCCAGACUAAUUUUGUCAUCAAAUACAACUUUAUUUGUCACAUGCUUCAGGAACAGCUGUAUUCCAACAGUGAAAUUCUUACUAACACGUCAUAUUCCAACAACGCAGGAUAAAGAUAGAAAAAUAUAUAUAAUAUAAAAUCAGAAUAAAUCAGGGGUUAGAGGUCAGGGGUCAAGGUGCUGGUAGCUGGUUAGAACACCCAUCUGCCUAAUCUAUACGUAAAUCUCAGAGAAUUAAAUAUACAAUGUAUAUGACACGUUCCUAUUUUUUUAUGGACCUUUUUUUUUUUCAAUAAAGACAAUAUUUUGAGU